CUCCUUGUUACAACUUGACAUUUUCUUUGGUUCUUUUUAAAGAUAACAUUUACUGCAUACUAGCCCUUUUUUCUUUCCUUUUUUGGAGCAACUGAGCUUACUCCCUCUCUUUCCGUUGUUCCUAAUCAAGCACAAUUUUUCUUUUUUGCCUCUAUCAUGCCACGUAGUCGUUAUGCCUGCCGAUGGGGCGAUUGCGAUCAGUUUCUCGAGAAUGCCGAAGCUCUUUAUGAACACUUAUGCGACGACCAUAUUGGUCGUAAAACAACAAACAAUCUCUGUCUCGAAUGUUGCUGGAAUAACUGCGGCAUAAAAGCCGCCAAGCGCGAUCAUCUCACUAGUCAUUUGCGAGUGCACCUUCCCUUAAAACGUAGGGCUAUUUCUAUGAAUAUGUGAUAAGCGACUCUAUAUCACUGCUCUAAUAUGAAGCAUUUUUCUUCUUCUCUGGAUAAUAGCACACCGUUGUCAUGUAAGUGAAUAUGGAUAAGUAUCAAAAUCCAAGAAAUAUUGAAUUAAUUUGGCCCAAUGUCCCUAUCAAUGAACAACAGACUUGCAAGAAAGCUUUUAAGCG